AUGGUAAUGUUGAGCAAUGGCAAGAACAAGCUUGAACUCGUGCGCCUCAAUCUGUCGCUGGAAUUGCUCACGCUGCAGCGUCUGGAGGUCUCGCCGUCCUCUUCAGCGGCGGCAGGCAAUGGUGGGCUGUCGAUGAAGUCCAAGGAGCGCAUUAUGCAGAUCAAAAGGAAGAAGAUCUCCUAUUUCAUGUGUCCAGAGCCGGCGAAGAACUGGGUGGACAUUGUGUCGGUGCCGCUCAUGAUGGCUUAUGUCACACGAUACUUUUUCGGCACAGACAAAUUACGCCCGAACGCCUUUGCAGUGAGAGGAUUCAACGGUGUCACAACUGGCGUUAUUCACUGCGACGAUAUGGCCAUCCUCAGCCAGUGGCUAAAGUGCAUCACAGACAACAUUUUACGGCUGACGCAAAUGCAGAUCAAACUGUACAAGCGCAUCUUUGCCCUAGGCGAGCAGAUUGAAUACAUGGGAUGGCUGAAUAAGGGUCUCAUCAGCAAAUAUUUCUGGAGCAAGGGUAGCAAACCUCGGUUCCUCAUUAUCAAAGGUACCGAAGUUAUGCUGUUCGAUUCACCACCGAUGAAUUCACCUGGAUUGUCAAAGUUAAAGGUCGCCUAUAAAGUGUACCACACGAUAUUCCGUGUGGUAAAAGAGUCAGAUACCGUGGAUUCACGCCAGCAUUGCUUCCUGCUUCAUAAUUUAGGUCAUAAACCGCAAUAUCUGAGCGUAGAGACGCCUCAGGAACUUUUGAGGAUUGAAAAUAGCUGGAUUACGAGCAUCAUCAACUUGGCGAGAAAAACAUUUGCCGUGAAGUACCACGAGAAGCGUGGCGUUUUUGUGGUGGACUGGCAGAAUGGUUUCAGUCUGACCGAGGGCGCGGACGCCACAAUUGUGUGGCAGUAUAAAUUCUCCCAAUUACGCGGCUCUAGCGAUGAUGGCAAAUCAAAAUUGAAGCUCAAUUUUCAGAUUCAUGGAAAGAAGGCCAUUGAGACUAAGGAACUAGAAUGCCAAGUGGUGCAGAGUUUGCUGUUUUGUACAUAUGCCUUUUAUAGAGCUAAAAUAGCUUGCAUUUCUAGAGAACCACGAAUAAACCAAUAAAAAACUGAAACAAACUAGACGAUCAUAACCAUACAGAAAAAGAUUAUGUACCUACACUACAAUUAACUUAGAAUUGGAAUCGAAUACUGUUCGAAAUUAAGAAUAAAAAUUAUGAUGUUUCCUAAAUUGUCGUCUUUUCUGUCACACGGGUCUGUUUGAAAAUAGUCUAAAAUUUCAAAAGGGGAAAGAAUUGGUAGAAAAUGAGUUAAAUGAAUUAAUGAUAAACCUAUUUUGUGGAAAAACCUAGGUUUACCCAACU